CCAGUAUACAUAACAAUGCCUAACAUUAGCUAUAAUAAUAAAAAUGGCAAACAUAUAGUAAAUGAAUCGGAAUUAAAAUUUUCAAAUUUAUUAGAAACAACUUAUUGUUUAUUGAAGGCUUACUUCUUAUGGUUUUACAUAAAGUCAAUUCGUACGCUUAAAAUCGAUAUUUUUAUAAAUUUAGUAAAAAAAGUCAUCUAUAAUGUUAAGGCUAAAAUCAACAACAAUUCGAGUCAACGAAAAAACUUAUUGCAAUGGAUUCGGUCUAAACUUAGAGAACCACUGGUUGUCAACAAUUUCAGAGAGGACUGGAAGAAUGGCAUACUUUUAUGUGCUCUUAUGGAAGGUGUCGUUCCCGGCAGUUGUCCCCGAUAUGACCUCUUAAACCCAGAACAAGAAAUUGAAAAUUUAAAUCUUGGUUUGUCUUUAAUUAAAAAACACCUAAAUAUUGAUUCCCCUAUUGAAUCUCAAGAAAUACAUGACUGUGAAGAAGAGGCAAAAUUUGUUUAUUUGCUGUCGAGAGUCAAAUUUGAAUCAAUGAAAAUACUAAUGAAAUCACUUAUUAGGAGAUCAAUCAUCGAUCAAAAGGAUUCGUUUGGAAAUAAUCACAAAAUGUUUGAAUCGCUAUUUAGUGACCAAAAGGCCUGUUUUGCUAAAGGAAUGGGUCUAAUACUAGGUGUCCGCACCCGUAAGGCUCGCUUUAAUAUAUUUUGUAAGCCGACACCUAAAUUAAAUUUAAUAAUUGAAAUAAUGGGUCCAAACAACUCUAUGUGCAGCGAAAGGAUAGCUAUAUUUAAUCCAAAGAAGCGAUUCUCAGCCGAUGUGGUGACCACUUCACUGAUCGAACAUUUUAUUCAUAAAAACAAAUCUGAAAAUACACUUAAAAUUCCUUUGUUUUAUGAAGUAUUUUCAAAUAAAAUUGUGGUCACAUAUAUACCAUUGAUGAAAGGCAUACAUAAACUGUCUAUUAUAUGGCAGGGACAGCAUAUUCUCAACAGUCCCUAUACUGUCAAAGUGGAAGAAUGCUAUAAUGAGCCCAUAAAAGACAUGAAACAAACGACUGGCUCGACAUCGCCGACAAAGUUUGUUCCCGGAUUGCAAUACCCGGUCAAUGCCUUGAAUCGUAAGGACUCGUUUUCAUUGGACGAAUGCGCAACUGUUAUCGGCAGGAAAGUGCUUAAGAGGACUGUCAUUGUUAAUGGUAUUCAACAAUCAUUUGACAACUUCAACAAAUGUAUUGUUAGAGAUAUAUACAAAAUUGAGUCCAAUGACAAUGCUAUCAAUAAUGCAAAAAACAGUAACAAUCAAGUAUUCAACGAUUUAUAUCAUUUAACACAAGACUCAAAUAAUUUUACUAAAAACAAAUACAAAUAUGUGUAUCAAAGAUGA